AACGUGCCACCCCUGCGUGGUGCUGUUGAUAUUCAGUCACCAAGUUGUUUCUUUGAUUUUCUGUUACUGCUAGAUUUGACAGCAUACGUCUUUUCACCAUGAGGUUCCUGUGUCGGUGUUACAACAGUGUGAUGUCUUUCAGGCGGACUCAAGGCAUUGCUUAUUGUUCUGUAGCCGGGACUCGGAGCAAUAGCUCCGGCAGCGCUGACAGCGACGGAUCGGCGAGAGCGGUGCCCCUGUCAUAUGAUGUGUUUGAUGGCACAGGGACUGAGACUCCCCUGGUGUUCCUACAUGGCUUGUUUGGCAGUAAAUCCAAUUUCCAGUCCAUAGCGAAGGCGCUGGUGCAGCGGACAGGCAGAAAGGUGCUUACUGUGGAUGCUCGAAACCAUGGCAACAGCACACACACCCCCUUCAUGAGCUAUGAAGCAAUGACCAAUGACCUCAUGAAUCUAAUGAGCCAGCUGCAUGUAGGAAAAUGUGUUUUGAUUGGCCACAGUAUGGGAGGCAAGUUGGCUAUGACGUCCGCCCUUCUACAGCCAGGCCUUGUGGAGCGACUGGUGGUGGUCGAUAUCAGCCCCAGCCAGACCACCAUGCACACCGGCUUCCCUUCCUACAUCACAGCCAUGAAAGCUGUCAAAGUAGACAGCGACAUCCCCAGAUCCACAGCAAGGAAACAAGCUGAGGACCAGCUGCGGCCAUUUGUGAAGGAGCUGACAGUGAGACAGUUUCUCCUGACAAACCUAAUUGAACAAGAUGGACACUACACUUGGAGAGUGAAUCUUGACGCUAUCAUCAAGCACUUGGAUAACAUCAUGAGCUUCCCAGAUUUCGACACGUCCUACCUUGGCCCAACACUGUUUCUGGGUGGAGGAAAUUCACCAUACAUCAGAUAAUACACUACACUCGAGUAUGAGCUUCAAUAACCCAGUGCUUUGUAAGUUUGGUAUUAUUUUGUUUGGACUGAUCCAUUGUGUUUUGAUCACACAGCUCCGAAGACUAUCCUAAAAUCCAACGCCUGUUUCCUAACUCCGAUAUCCAGUACAUACCUGACGCCAGCCACUGGAUCCAUCGGGACAGACCUAUGGUAUUUAUCAACUCCAUCUGUACAUUUCUGCAGUCCUAGUACAAUAGGAAACAAAACACCAUGCUGUCUUGGGACUGCUGCAGUGAGAUAUAGACUACAGUGCUCCCUCGCUAUAAGGCUGUCUACAGUAAGUACAGUACCGGUGUUGUUCAAACUGUAAAUAACUUCUCAAGUCUAACUUCCGUUUCUGUCUCUCCCUUUUGAUACAGGAUCUGAACUGAAGAAAAUCUGCGCUGGCACUUUAUAACACAGACAUCAGUCAGCAAAUAAAUAUUAGGCCUAUUACAUGGUUAUCUUUCCUAAUGUAUUUACUUUUUUGCUGCGAGAGGAGCUCCGGCUUUCUCUGGGAGACGAAACGCUUCAGCCCCGAAUGUUGCCUUUUUUUAUAGCGUUUUUUAUUUUUAUAUAGCGUUGAUUACAUCGUGCUUUACGCAUGGUUAAUUUACAAAAAGAUACAUUUUUGCUUCACUAUAUGCAUUAUAGAAAGGAGGUGUUUUAUUUUGAGUUUUAGUCAGAUGUGUGUUCUGUGUCCAGCGGCGCCCCCCCACCCUCUCCCCCGUUAAUAACGCUCUUUGGUUAUACUGCUUAUAUUGUGUGCCCCUCGAAACCCGCUUUCUAGCGAAGGAGCACUGUAUGUACACUUGUAAUACUGUACAAUAGAUACUGCUGUCUGCAACAAUAUCAACCCAUUCCAGGUACUGUUAGAGGAGGGAACAAACAGACUGCCUAUGUAUUUAUUUUAAAAAAGGCAUUAUAAACUAUAUACGCACAUCGUAAUAUGGGUCCAUGUAUUCCGUUAAUGUCCAUGUGGUAUUUUAUGAUCGUUAAUGUUAUCUUGUUAAUGACACUGCUGAACAUAUACAUUACAGCAGGAUGGUUGUUAAGGUUGCAAUGUUCUUUCCAUUAUGAUAUGUAUAUACAUCUAUGUCCUUGCUCAGAUGGUGACGUUUUUAUCUUACAUUUUCUAAUUUGCAAUGUGUUGUAGUUAUUGUUUUUACGUAACAGUUGUUUAAAACAGAGGACUUGCUGUACAGGAAUAGCGCGCAUUGUAACCUUUGAAACACUGUGUUGGUUGUUUGGGUGCUGUGAUGUAUUACGAUGGAUGUGAUAUUAAUAUUAUGGAAAUGAGUCUAAAAUGAUUUUACUCUUCAUGUUAACGCACAAGUACAACAUGCUGCUGUGCUUGCGAGGUUCGUCUUAACCCUUGAGCUCAUAUUAAACUGGUGAGUUAGA